GGGGUUUAUUUAUGGGCCAGAAUAACGCGCGUGUGUCUGUUUAUGUCAAUAAUUCUGAUUCUGAUCAUCAGAGAGCUGCUCUUGUGUCUCGGUUUGCAUCUCUUUCUCAGGACAUAUUGUGAGAGAUCUGUGUGAGAUUUGGAUCAGGAUUAAUUCAUAUUUGUCUCAGGAAUCAUGACUUCUCAGGUGAGACAGAGCUUCCAUCAGGAGUGUGAGGCUGCCAUUAACAGACAGAUUUACCUGGAGCUCUAUGCCUCGUAUGUCUACCUGUCCAUGGCGUAUUAUUUUGACAGGGAUGACAAGUCUUUGCCCAAUUUUGCCAAGUUUUUCCACGAGCAAUCUAAGGAGGAGCGAGAGCAUGCAGAGAAGCUGAUGAGUCUGCAGAACCACAGAGGAGGACGGAUCUACCUGCAGGACAUCAAGAAGCCGGAUCGGGAUGAGUGGGGCAGCGGUCUGGAAGCGCUGGAAUGUGCUCUGGCUCUGGAAAAGAGUGUAAACCUGUCCUUACUGGAGCUUCACAAGCUGGCAACUCAACAUAAUGAUCCACAUGUUUGUGAUUUCCUGGAGAUGCAUUACCUGGACGAGCAGGUGAAGUCCAUUAAAGAGCUGGCGGACUGGGUGAGCAGCCUGCGGCGGAUGGGCGCCCCUCAGAACGGCAUGGCCGAAUAUCUGUUUGACAGACACACUCUGGGAAAGGAAAGCUCUUAGACAGUCUCUCUGUUUAUGACGGAGUCAGUGCGCCAAGCAUGUCAGGCCAUAUGAGUGUUGA